CCCUAAUGACAACACGCACGCGUGAAUUAACAGUCGUUUCUUCUCUCUUUCCGAAAUUCUGUUUUGUUUUUCAUCUGUUUCAGUGUGCCCAAACUACCACUAAGAAAUUCCCCGCCAUCAUGUCUCCCACAUUACCACAUCUCAGCAGAUCACAACCGUCCAUCCGCCUAAUCCAACGCCUCCAAUCUCGUCAAUACUCCUCCCCUACACAAUCCCCCGCUUCUUCUGCUCCUUUGCUCCAAGAACCUCACUCUCAUCAUCACCGUCAAUCCUCCACCAUCACCAAAUGGCUCACCGGAACCACUUUACUCUCCGGCCUAGGGUUAUUCUACUGGCACGCCAAUUCGAAUAACUACCAUGAAUUUUUCAACAAUUCAGUAUUCUCUCUCGCUGAAUCUACGGUCAAGGAAUGGUUUCAUACUUCAACAUUCGGCAAAAUUUCCUUACCUGAUUAUAGUUCAAACUUCAUCUUCGGAGAUGCGUAUAGGAGAAAAGUUUUCUUUAACUAUGAGAAGAGAAUUAGGCUACGAAGUCCUCCUGAGAAGAUUUUUGAGUACUUUGCAACAGUGGAAGGAACAAAUGGAGAGUUACUAAUGAAAGCAGCAGAUUUAAUGAGAGCAGUAGUACCUGUUUUCCCUCCAUCGGAAUCGCACCUUGUUAGAGAAGGUUAUUUGAGUGGUGAACGCAGACCUGGUGAUCUAAGAUGUGCUCCUUCAGAAUUUUUUAUGUUAUUUGAUGUUAACUGUGACGGCCAUAUAUCUUUUAAGGAGUAUAUCUUUUUCGUAACACUACUUAGUAUACCAGAAUCAAGCUUCUCAGUGGCUUUCAAAAUGUUCGAUAUUGAUAACAAUGGGGAGAUUAAUAUGGAAGAGUUUAAGAAAGUGAUGGCUUUAAUGCGAGCUAAUAAUAGACAAGGGGCUGUUCAUAGGGAUGGACAUCGCACUGGGUUAAAAGUCAGCGGUACAGUGGAGGAUGGAGGUUUAAUGGAGUACUUCUUUGGUAAAGAUGGAAAGGGCUGCCUUCAUCAUGAUAAGUUUGUUCAAUUUUUGAGAGAUUUGGAUAAUGAGAUGUUGAGGUUGGAAUUUGCCCAUUAUGACUAUAAAUCACGAAAAACGAUAUCUGCAAAGGAUUUUGCAUUGUCUAUGGUCGCUUCUGCUGACUUGAGUCACCUGGAUAAUUUGAUUGAUCGGGUUGAUGAAGUAAAUAAUGCAGCAGACCUUAGGGAUAUACGAAUAACAUUCCAAGAAUUCAAAAAAUUUGCAGAAUUGCGUAAAAAGUUGCUGCCAUUUUCUUUGGCCCUUUUUAGUUAUGGGGAAAUGAAUGGCUUGUUAACAAAGGAUGACUUUCAGAGAGCUGCAUCCCAUGUAUGCGGCGUCUCACUCACCAACAAUGUGGUGGAUAUCAUUUUCCAUGUGUUUGACACAAAUUCUGAUGGACAUUUAAGCUUAGAUGAGUUCGUAAGAGUCUUGCACAGGCGAGAACGAGACAUUGCUCAACCAGCACAUUCGGGAGCACUUGGAUUUUUGUCGUGCUGCUUUAACUGUUCAAAUGACCACUCCCUUGGACGGUUUCUCGGUUAAUCUAUGUAAUUUUACUCAACCCUUGAAGGUUUCAAAGCAAAUAUGCUACAUACAUCUAAUUCAAACAUGUUAGAAUCAAGUUCAGGGUGAUUUUUACCAUCAGAAAAUGUGAUCAGGAAGUCUUAAAAGCCAGAAAAAUCAACAAACGUGCAAAAUUAUGCAAUCGGAGGAGAAGGCACUGCCUGAUAUGCGGGGAUGGAGACCAACAGUCUCUUCAUUUGAUUUCCACCAUAACCUUUUGGUUUUGUUCUGGCAAACAUGAUACUUACGACAGGAGAAAGUAGCGACACUAAUCAAAUUACUUGUAAUAGUUAGACUUGUAGAUUACAUCAUUAUACUCGACAACAGGAAGAGAAGUUCAUAAGUUGUAUAAAAUUUGUAUUCAUUUUCUUAGUUUAGAAAAAAGUUGUCUGUCUUGUAUAAGAACAGUGGAGUGUGUUUAAUGUAAUAUUUUGUGAUUGAAGAACGAAGAUGACAAUUGAACAAUCUUGGAGUUUAAUACAGUUUCUAAGGUAACAUUGACUAAA